UUUGAGGAAUGCUAGGGGUGUUGCAGAGAACGCUCUGCUGCAAAACCAUCUAAGCGAUGCGCGCCUCCCAAUAAUAAACCCAAUUAUAGCGUGCUCAUGAUUUGUGUGUGGAAUCGAAUGUCAUUUUCGGGUAUUUAUGGACUGUAAAUUAGAGGCGUUAUGAUAAAUUCCUAUUUGAGGCGGACAUAUGAUACUGAGACGUGUCCAGAAUCUCAGGUUUUCCAAUGAUGAGCGUGUGACGUUUCACCGCGAGAUCAACACGGCGCGGCUUACGUUCAAGUGGUCGGCCGCGAACAGAUUCAGUCAUUACUGGCGACAUUGGGAGUUAUUUAUCUAACGGAAAAUAACUGGUUUUCAGGUUCUGCAUUUUGCAACAUAGUAAUUGUGUUCGUUUUCUCCUUGCCGGGGAGCGCGUGGCUGCAUGGGCCUGGGAGAGGCGUGACGCGCCUGUACCGCAUCUCCGGGAUGGCAGGUAGGCUCCAUCACAUCGCGGUGAAAAAAUAGGCUAUGGAAAGAAAGAAAUGCGCCGAAUGCUAUAGGCUACCUGUGUAUUUGAGAUAUUUUGAUUAGGCUUUAGUCUUUUCUUUCAGUUACACAUAGGUUAGUUUAACAUUAUCAGCCGAUUGUCAGCAUUGUCUAAAAAAAAAAAGGCUUCCAACAUCUCGCCCUUGUCGCCCUUUUUUUUAAUCACUGAAAUGUAUCAAUUUGUCUAUUGCUGCGAAAGUGUAGGCAUACUGUGGGGAACUGUAAGAAUGUCCGCUAGACGAGGUAGCCUAAUGAUACAGAUAGGAUAUACGCUGGGAAUUGUCAUGACCGACAGUAUUAUAGGUUAAUUAUGAUACAACUAAAUCCGUUGACUAUUUCAAAAAGGCCUAAUAAAUAAAGGAACCGCACAGGGGCCGUCGGAUGUGUGAGAUGCAUGAUGUUUGUUGGCAGACGUGGCCUAGUAUAAGCCUCCCAAUAAUGGGGUCAGCCAGCUAUCAAAUGUGUCAGGACACUGGUAAGGCGUCUGUUGCUUUAGUAGCCUAGUUAAAAAUAGGCAUUAACCCAUUCAAUGUUUCUAUACAAUGAAGAUAUUUUUAUUAUUCGGCCUUUAUCUCAAUAGAUUUGUAUUAUUAGAUAUUUGCAUAUAGGGCCUCCUGGUCGCCAGAAAGCAUGCAGUGAUGAUGCUAUUGAGGAGAGAUGGCAUCGCACGUGUGUGAUGUGAGAACUAGCGUGCCAUGGAGAGUCUGAUUCUGAUGAGCGCGUGUUCGAGGAUGUGCCCCGGAGUCUCUCAGGGCCUGCGCACUAAUUGCGCGCGCCUGCUGGUAGCUUCCUUGCUGGUGUCCAUGACGAUGUCAAGCUCACCAGUUGCAGGCGGUGUGGACUCCAACGGAACGACAGCAACACGGUCCUCAUCGCGGUCGUCAUCGUCACCCUCUUCCAGAUGGCCAGGUGCCACCCCACCCAAAGACACUAGUCACCAUGGUAACACUGACGCUGCCUCAGUGGACGAUGAAGCUCAGGGCAUACAUCUCCUCCUGAGACCCCCGGACCUGCUGUCCCCCAGCCACCCCCCUCCUCUGCCCCCCCACAGCCAGCCCACCCUCACCCCUCCCCCGCCCUGGGAGCACGCCCCCUCCCUAGAGGAGGCCUGGGAGUCCGGUGACUACCUGGAAACGCUCUCCUUCAUGGGCCCAGAGGGGGAGGAACUGGCCCUGGCCACACCCUUACCCAGUCACACCUACGACCCUGACGACGGGGCCUCCUAUGACACCUCCUUCCCCUCCCGCCCAACCCUCCCCCUGUCCUCCAGGCUCCUCCGACCCAAUACGUCCCCCACCUCCCCCCUCCGGGAGGGUCUCCCCUUCACCCACCCUGCCCAGCCUGAGGGAUACCCUCACUGGGAUGAAGAAGACUAUGACCUGGGGGACAUCUUUCCUCUGGAGCCCACGGAGCUGCUGCUGCCGGAUAUGAACAGUCUGGAGUACUACACCAAUCUGCUGGCCAGAGAGAGAGACGAGGAGAGGGAACGGGAGAGAGAGAGGGAACGGGAGAGAGAGAGGGAACGGGAGAGAGAGAGGGAACGGGAGAGAGAGAGGGAAAGGGAGCGAGAACGGGAGAGAGAGAGGGAAAGGGAGCGAGAACGGGAGAGAGAGAGGGAAAAGGAGCGAGAACGGGAGAGAGACAGGGAAAGGGAGCGAGAACGGGAGAGAGACAGGGAGAGUGAUAGGGAGAGGGAUAGAGAUGGAGAAAGAGACAGAGAUAGAGAAAUUGUCAUCCCACCCCCAAAGACCACCCCCAAACUUGGCAUCACACCCACCACUACCACAAAAACACACACACACACUCAGCCCACAUCCCCCUCCCCUAGCACAGGGCCCCCUCCUGCCCAGGGCCACAAGCACCCCCUUGUCCCCUCAGCAGGUCCCACCUCUCCCCUGACCCUCUCACCCACUCUCUGGGAUGGUCAGGGUACCCCCACCCCUGGAGUUAGACCCACCUCCAGAGUACCCCCUCAGCCUCCUGUUCCGCGGCCCAGAGUCCCCCCAGCUACCCCUGGCAGACACCCUCCACUGCCCCCAUCUAACACCACCAGCCUGGCUCGCCCCCCCAUGCUGCGACCUCCAGGGAGGGACCCCAUAAAACCACCACCACCUGUGACCGAGGUCCCCAGCAACCGACCGACGACCACUACCAAGGCAACCACUGUUACCACGACAACGCCUGGCACCCUGGCGAGCAUCACCCGGACUCCCCCAGCCCCUCCAGGACGCCAGUACCUGUGUAACGUCACCAAGCCUGACAUGUACCUGGUCAGAGUGGUCCUGCCUAAGUCUGGCUCCACUGUGGGCUUUGGCCAGGUCAGGGACAUCUUGAAGAGGGAGUUCAACUGCUCAGUGGAGUUGCAGUUCCUGAGAACUCCGUCUAGCUUUGCGUUCCGUGUUGUGGCGGGACCUCUGAUCUUCACCGCCAUGUCUGUCGUCAACGCUCUGCGCCAAUCAACACAAAGCUCCUCCUUGUUCCCCACUGUCUCACCCCUCUACGUCAUACCUGAACACAAGUACCAGAUACACUCUGUGCUGCAGUUUGUGCCCGGUCACGUGGAUGUGCGCGUGUGUAACUUCAGUGAGCGAGUGGAGAGAGGACUGCUGAUGGCCUACACAGAGACGCGCAGACGAGCACAUGAAUUUGGCAACGUUACUGUACAGCUUCUGAACAUCACCAUGGGUCAGGCCAAGCAGCAGGGUGACCAGAAGGUUCCGGUGGACAUCACGUUUGCGUUGCAUGAUGGGCGGGGCUACCUGUUGGGGUCCGAGGUCAGCGGUCACCUGAGACACCUAAGCACGGUGGAGUUCAGCUUCUACCUGGGUUUCCCUGCGCUGCAGAUCGCUGAACCCUUCCAUUACCCUGAGCUGAACGUUUCUCACCAUCUACGCUCCUCCUGGGUCCGCACAGUGUUAUUGGGUGUCCAGGAGCAGACUGUGACUGAGCGGAGCUUCAAGGCUCGUCUGGAGCGCCGUCUGGCCCUGCUGCUGGAGGAGGGGCUGGGGGAGGGGAGUAAACAACCCCGCUGGAAGAGAUCCACGGCCGUGGGCAACAACAGCUUACAGGUGGUGCGUGUGUCGAGGCUGGCAGGUUCAGGGCGGACUCUGGAAGUGGUGUAUUUCGUGGAGGGACCAGAGGGGGAGAGAGUCCCUGCUGAUGCCACCGCUGCCACCCUCAACCGCCUGGAGCUGCAACGGGCUGCCAUCGUACUGGGGCACCGCGUCCAGAGACCUCUUGCCCAACCUGUGGAGACCCUGACAGUGCCCCCGUCUGAGACUCAGAGCAGCAGUGUCUGGCUGAUUGUGGGGGUGGUGGUGCCCGUCCUGCUGGCUAUCUUCAUCAUCAUCAUCCUCUACUGGAAACUGUGCGGCUCGGAGAAGCUGGAGUUCCAGCCUGAUGCCAUCAAUACCAUCCAGCAGAGACAGAAGCUCCAGGCUCCCAGUGUGAAAGGGUUUGACUUUGCCAAGCUCCACCUGGGGCAGCACAGUAAGGAUGACAUCAUGGUGAUCCAGGAGCCUGGUGCCCUCCCUGUGCCCAUCAAAGAGGCCACCCCUUCUGAGGGAGGGGAUCUCAACACUCCCAAAUCCAAGGGCUCCUCCACCAAGGCUGCCCGCGCUAACCGCCGUAGGGGGAGGCUGUCCCCGUCAGAUGGUGACUCGUUAGGUAGCGACCAAUCAAGUGGCAGGGAGUCUGCAGAGGAGACCACCAGACAUGUGGGCACGCCCCACGAGGGGAAACAGCACCGAAACAAAACGCCCAAGAAUGUCCCUCCCACAGGCAGUGGUCCAGAUGAGCUGCUCUCCUCUUCCUCCAUCUUUGACCACGUGGAUCGUCUGUCCCGAGGCUCGUCUGACGGCAGGGGUCGCCAGGCCAACAAGGUCCAGCUGAUUGCCAUGCAGCCCCGGCCCAGCCCACCACAACACUCACACAGCCCCACCAUCACAGAGAGGGUCAGUGCAGAGGUGGCUCUGAGACAUAAGUCGGAGAUCGAGCACCACAGGAACAAGCUGCGUCAGCGGGCUAAGAGGCGGGGCCAGUGUGAGUUCCCCUCUAUGGAUGACAUCCUGGAUGGCUUCGGGCAGGCGCAGGAGGAGGCGGGGCAGGGAGGGUGUCCCCAGCGCCUCUACAGCUCAGCCCAUGACCACAUGGACAGCAUCCUGCACCCCGACCACCCCUCGCCCCCCACCCCAGGGGAAUCCAGAAGGAGGGGGAGGCGCUCUCCUCGGGGCCGGCGGAGGCAGCAGGGGAACGGCAGUCUGCCAGACACAGACAGACUGACGGACAGAGACCGCCUGCUCACAGACCACAGCGCCACCUACAGGAAAUACCCUGGACUCAACAAUGUGGCCUACAUGUCCGACCCGGACCUACCUCCAGACCAGGGCAGCCCCUCCCCUAACGACGAGGUGUUUGACCACGCCCCUCCCCGCCCCCCUACGUGCCCCCCCAGCCGUCCAUCGAAGAGGCGCGGCAGCAGAUGCACACCCUGUUGGACGAUGCCUUCGCCCUGGUGUCGCCGUCCUCCCAGGGCAGCGUCAGUGUUGGGGUCACGCAGGUCAGCCCCGCCCUGCCGAGCCCCUCUCCCUCCCCACAGACACACCCAUCACGCCAGUGGGGCUCCUACCCCUCAGCCCCCACACACAGCCCCUUCUCUGCGAGGUAUGCAGAGUUGGGGAUGUCUCCCUCGUCAAUACAGGGCCUGUUGCAGAGGCAGGGCCUGGGUUCAGGGGCCUAUGUUGCUGCGGAGGAGCAGCUGCAGGAUUCUGUCUACGCCAACAGGGGGCAGUAUGAAGAGCCUCCCUCCUCCUCCAGACCUCGGCCUGUUGGGGGAAGCACAGGUGCUCAGCUGCAUCACCUGACUCAGGUGGGCUUGUCGAGCCGGAUCAGUGCGUACCCUGGGGUGGGCCGCAGCGUCUCUGGGCCAACAGGCUCCAGCUGGAACCAGCAGCCUUUAGACCAGGACCUCUCCAGACCCGAAGCCAGCAGGG